AUGAAAGGAGAAGAGAAUCUAGCAGAGGAUGGGAGCAACACCCUGUCGGAGGUCAGAGCCAUCCUGAUCGGUGGGAGGUGGGCUGGCAAGAGCUCCUCCGGUAACACCAUACUGAGAAAGGAGAGGUUCGAGUGUGGCCGAACCAGAACCGCUCAGUCUGAAGUGAGGCAUGAGGAGGUGGAGGGCAGGAAGCUCAUCGUGGUGGAUGCUCCGGGAUGGAGCAGCUCCCUCUCCCUCACUGAGAUCCCAGAGAGGGACAAGCAACGAUUUAAACUCAACACAUCCAAGUGUCCGCCCGGACCGCAUGUAUUCCUCCUUGUUAUACCGAUAGACUCGGCCUUCUCCGUGGAGAAUAGGAGGACUGUGGAGGAGCACAUGAAGCUCCUGGGGGAGCGGGUUUGGAGGUACACCAUGGUGCUGUUCACCUGCGGUGAUUUCCUCGGGGAGAAGACGAUAGAGCAGCACAUUGAGAGCGAGGGAGACUCACUCAAGUGGUUAAUAGAAAGAUGCCAGUACAGAUACCACGUGAUUAAUAACAAGGAGAAAAGUAACUCCGAUCAGGUGACACUGCUGCUGGAGAAGAUAGAUGAGAUGGUGAGGCACAACAAUGGCAGUCACUACGAGGUAGAUGAACAGACGUUAACAGUCAUUAGAGAGAAGCAACAAGAUGUGGCUGAAAGGGCGGAAAAGAGAAGGAAGAGGGCCGAAGAACAAAGACAACAAAUGAGAACACUGAUUCCAGGUGAAGUAAAAAACCUUCCAAAACUCAACAUGAUUCUCUUGGGAAGCCGAAGUGUUGGGAAAACCUCAGUCGGGAAUGCCAUCAUCGGAAUCAAAGAGCAAGAAGAUGGAAAAAGAACGGCACACUCGGUGGCCCGGCAGAGUUUUGUGGGUAAAACUGAAAUAACUCUUGUUGACACACCAGGUUGGUGGAAAGGCUUCCCUGUGUUUGACACUCCCGAGGCCAUCAAAGAUGAAGUGAUCCGUAGCCCGUUUCUGUGCCCUCCUGGGCCUCACGUCUUCCUGCUGGUAAUAGACGCAGAUGCAUCCUUCAAUGCCAAACACCUGCGUGCAGUGACGACACACGUGGAUCUUCUCGGAGAAGGAGUGUGGAGACGCACAAUUGUAGUUUUCACUAGAGGAGACUGGCUGGGAACACACACCAUCGAGGAGUACAUCGAAGGGGAGGGAGAGGCGUUGCAGUCAUUGGUUGAACAAUGUGGAAACAGAUAUCACGUCUUUGACAACAAGAAUGCAGAUGAUGGUACUCAAAUCACUGAGCUGCUGGAGAAAAUCACUGAGACUGUGGCUGGAAGUGGUUGGGACUAUUUUGUCCCAGAUGAGAAGAUAUUUCAGACCAUUGAGGAGAGAAGGCGAAGAGUGGAGGAAGCAGCAAUACUGAGGCAAAGUCAAGUCAAGGCCAAGAGAAACUCCCUCAGAGAAUCCAGCAAAGACCUACUGGAGAUAACAAUCAUGAUGCUUGGUCAGAAGACCUCUGGAAAGAGUGCAACAGGAAAUAACCUUCUGGGGAAAGAGGUGUUCGCCACCUGCCAGAAUGAGUUCUGUCAGGUAGAGGAGGGCGAAGUUGGUGGAAGACUGGUCACAGUGAUCGACACCCCGGGCUGGCUGAAGGAUCCCUCCCUCUGCACUGAAGAAAUGGACAGAGAAAGAGUCCGAGGUCUGUCACUGAGCCCAAAAGGGGUUCAUGCUGUGUUACUGGUUGUCCCCUUGGACCUGACGUUCAGAGACACUCAGAAGGCCGCCCUGGAGGAACACAUGAACCUCUUUGAUGGCAGCGUCUGGAAACACACCAUGGUUGUGUUCACAUAUGGGGACAAACUAGCAGAUAAAUCCGUAGAAGAGCACAUUGAGAGGGAACACAGCGCUACGCGCUGGUUAAUCGACAAGUGUGAGAACAAAUACCACGUUAUGAACAAUAUGAAGAAAAAUAAUCAGGUCACCGAGCUGUUUGAGAAGAUUGAGGAAAUGAUGGCAGAGAACGGUGACCGGCUCUUCUGCCCCGAGAUGAAUGACAUCUACCUGAGAAUUGAUGAAAAGUUCAGGAGGAGGGAGCUCAAAGAUGUGCUGAAGCAUCGACUGGCGGAGGAGUACAGUAGGAGAGAGCUGGAGCUGAUGACAGGCUUCAGGGAGACCCUCCUCCAGCUGCAAGCUGAGAUCAGGGGAAGUGUGGCGAGCACUAGAUCCAAGUCACUGACCAUUGGUAUUGGUCAGAGGAAGAAAGACGGAAAGGAGAAGGAGGAAAUCAUAGAUUACAAAAUCAACCAGGAAAUUGAAAAGCUGAAUAAGGAAAUAAUGAAAUCCUCAGAACAUCUUCAGGGCAGCAUGGGCUUCCUCAUGCCAGACUUGAAAGGAGAGAAUCCAGCACCAUCUAUCAUCACACAUUUGCCACGCAGGAGACAUUCAACCGGACAAUUUAAUAAAGUUCUCGGUUGGCUGUCCACACUUCAGAUUGGCGCAAAUGUAGAGAACCAGUUGACCUUAAACUUCUCUCAGACGUCAGGAUACAGAUCUGUGCUACCACAAGAUGGCUUCGACUUUGACGAAGAAGAAUAG